AUGACAUUGCAGCAUGCUAAGAGAUUCAUCUUCGAGGUUGAGCCUGCUAAGGAAUCCUCCGAUGGAAAACCUUCUGUUGGUCCUGUCUAUCGUAGUACUUUCGCCAAAGACGGAUUCCCUAACCCGAUCCACGGUAUCGAUAGCUGUUGGGAUAUUUUCCGCACGGCUGUUGAGAAAUAUCCAAACAAUCGAAUGUUGGGUCAACGUGAGAUUGCGAACGGGAAGGCAGGAAACUACAUUUGGAAAUCAUACAAAGAAGUAUAUGACAUUGUCAUAAAACUCGGAAACUCUCUCCGUAGCUGCGGGAUUGAAGAGGGAGGAAAAUGUGGCAUCUUUGGUGCAAAUUGUCCUGAGUGGAUCAUAAGCAUGGAGGCUUGCAAUGCACAUGGUCUCUAUUGUGUCCCUUUAUACGAUACAUUAGGCGCUGGUGCCGUGGAAUUCAUUAUUUCUCAUGCAGAGGUUUCAAUUGCUUUUGUGGAGGAGAAGAAGAUCCCUGAGCUUUUUAAGACAUGUCCAAACUCCACAAAAUAUAUGAAGACUGUUGUGAGCUUUGGUGGUGUUAAAUCAGAACAGAAAGAAGAAGCUGAAAAGUUAGGAUUGAUAAUCCAUUCUUGGGAUGAGUUCUUGAAGCUGGGUGAAGGUAAGCAAUAUGAUCUUCCUGUUAAAAAGAAAAGCGACAUAUGCACGAUUAUGUAUACUAGCGGAACCACUGGUGAUCCAAAGGGAGUUUUGAUUUCAAACGAAAGCAUUGUUACUAUAACUAGUGGGGUGAUGCAUUUCCUAGAGAGUGUAAACGAAUCCUUGUCUGAGAAGGAUGUAUACAUUUCUUAUCUUCCUCUUGCGCAUGUCUUUGACCGUGCUAUCGAAGAGUGUAUUAUUCAUGUAGGUGGUUCGAUUGGUUUUUGGCGCGGGGAUGUGAAAUUGUUGAUUGAAGACCUUGGUGAGCUAAAACCAAGUAUUUUUUGCGCUGUUCCUCGUGUUCUAGAUCGAGUAUACACAGGGCUGCAGCAGAAACUAUCUGUGGGAGGUUUUUUCAAAAAGAAGGUUUUCGAUGUUGCUUUUUCCUAUAAAUUUGGAAAUAUGAAGAAAGGACAGUCUCAUGCGGCGGCCUCUCCAUUCUGUGACAAACUUGUCUUCAACAAGGUUAAACAAGGGCUCGGAGGCAAUGUGAGGAUUAUUCUAUCUGGAGCGGCUCCUCUCGCUAGUCACAUAGAGUCAUUUCUAAGAGUUGUGGCAUGUUGUCAUGUUCUACAAGGAUAUGGUCUAACCGAGAGCUGUGCUGGAACUUUCGUCACGUUCCCUGACGAAUUGGACAUGCUUGGAACAGUUGGUCCACCUGUUCCAAACGUCGAUAUACGCCUCGAAUCUGUCCCGGACAUGGAAUAUGAUGCUCUUGGAAGUACUCCGCGUGGCGAAAUCUGCAUCCGUGGAAAAACUCUGUUUUCAGGGUACUACAAACGUGAAGACCUCACAAAAGAGGUUCUUAUUGAUGGAUGGUUACACACAGGUGAUGUUGGAGAAUGGCAACCAGAUGGAAGCAUGAAGAUAAUUGACCGGAAAAAGAACAUCUUCAAACUCGCGCAAGGAGAGUACGUUGCAGUUGAGAAUUUAGAAAACGUCUACGGUCAAGUAGAAACCAUUGAUUCAAUAUGGGUAUAUGGAAACAGCUUCGAGUCCUUCCUUAUCGCAGUCGCUAACCCGACCCAACAAACUCUUGAACGCUGGGCCGUGGAGAACGGACUGAAUGGAGACUUCAACUCCAUCUGUCAGAAUGCAAAGGCAAAAGCAUUCAUACUUGGAGAACUCUUGAAGGGUUUUGAGGUCAUUAAAGCUGUUCAUUUGGAACCGGUAGCCUUCGACAUUGAAAGAGACCUUCUUACUCCAACCUACAAAAACAAGAGGCCUCAAUUGCUAAAAUACUAUCAGAAUGUGAUUGAUGAAAUGUACAAGACUGCAAAGGAAGGUCAAGCUCCUGGACGGUAG